AUGACCGCCCGCUUGGUCUUGGUCAUCGGUGACCUAUUCAUUCCCGACCGAGCCCCUGAUCUCCCGGCUAAGUUCAAAAAACUGCUCACCCCCGGGAAAAUCGGCCAGAUCCUAUGCUUGGGCAACUUGACCGACCGCGACACCUAUGAGUUCCUUUGCCAGGUAGCUCCGGACCUGCAGAUGGUCAAAGGAGACUAUGACGUGGACUCCCCCAAUCUACCACUUUCGAAAAUCGUCAACCAUGGCAGCCUACGCAUAGGCUUCACCCAUGGCCACACAGUCAUUCCUCCAGGCGACGCUGAUGCUUUGUUGAUUGCGGCUCGUCAGAUGGACGUGGAUGUCCUACUCUGGGGUGGCACACAUCGAUUCGAAGCAUUCGAGAUGGAAGGUCGUUUCUUCAUCAACCCCGGCAGUGCGACUGGCGCCAUGAGCUCAGGGUUCUGGCCUGACGGGGAAGAGCCCACACCGAGCUUCUGUCUGAUGGACAUCCAAGGUGAUGUUCUGGUGCUGUACGUGUACCAACUUAAGACGGAUGCUAAUGGUGUUGAGAAUGUGUCGGUCGAGAAGGUUUCCUAUCGAAAGAACCAUGCCCCAGCCUCAUGA